GAAAGCUCAACAAAAACAUUUAAACCUCCAAUCAAACAAUGAUUGGCGUAAAAUGAGUUAUGACUCAAAAAAUUAAAACAAAGAAGUUUAAAUAUUGGUGCCCGAUUUAUACUUUCUUUAGGUAUAGGCUACUUAGUUUGUGUCGCCCAGGUCCUGAGUGCCUACUUUGGCUGGAGCUAAACAAAAUUGAUAAACUUAGAGUGCAGCUAUGUGUGAGACACUUCAACCUAUAAAGGAUCAAUUAUUAGGUAUUGAAAAUGAAAUUACUGGAAAAAAUGAAAAUAAUGAACAAUAUGAAUCAGGAAAGCCUACACUUCUUGAUAUGCCUGUUGAGAUAAUAUUAAAAAUAUGCUCUCUUCUAGAUGCCAUUUUUAAAAACACUGUCAGUAAAGUAUGUCAAAGAUUUGAAAACAUAUUAGCAGAUAAUCACCUUUGGAAAUAUUGGGUUCAUAGUAAAAUUAAAGGAUGUUUUCCAACACUACCUCAGUUGGAAAUAUGGGAAGAAGAGCCAAUAGACUGGGAAGAAGUUUGUGUAGAGAUGGAUGUGGAAAGAAUGAAAUGGUCUGAUGUCAAGUCCACAACAAGGCAUAUUGUUGUAAAGGAUGUGCAUUUUGCUUCAGUGGACACUGUUUUAUUAGUUAAUAAUGGUGAAAUGUGUAUAUCGGGUGGAAGAGACCGCGGAAUGGCACUGUGGAAUGUGCUGGAAGUCGGUCCACACGAUCAGAGUGAUAAUAUCACCACAUUUACGGAUACCAAGCCUAAGCUCAUAAGGCAUGACGCUCACUCAGGUUGGGUGUGGGACUUGGCCCCAGAUGAUAUUAACUCAACUACCAAAAUAUAUUCCGCUUCAUGGGACAAUACUGUAAAAGCGUGGGACUUAGCUGCUGGACUUGAAUGUAUACAGAUCUUCAAGUGUGGAAUGUCAGCAUUAUCUUUAGUGACUAUUGGUAAUGAAAUUAUGACUGGUUUGUAUUCUAAAAAAGUAUUAUCAUUUGACUUACGUGCAGGAUCAGGGCCGACCUACUCCUAUAAACCACACAAAGGACCUGUAUUAGCACUGCACGCAUACAAUAACUUGAUCGCAUCUGUCAGCGAAGACAAAACACUUGCUAUUUGGGACCGAGUUGCUGGGAAGCUGCUGCACAGUGAUGUCAGAAUACCCACAGAUAAAGCUUACCCAGUGUGUAUAAGUUGGAGCCCAGCUGCAUUGUACAUAGGUGAUUCUAAAGGCUGCUUGCAUCUCUUUCACCCAGAAACUCAAUCGUUUAAAACUCACGAGAUGUGGCCCGAGCCGCCUAUAAUAAAACCGUCUAGCAAGAUAACAGGUUGCUACCAAAGCAAGGGAAACAUGAUUGUCUGUUCAGACCGAGGAGACAUAAAAUUCUUAUACAACUCUUAUCCCCCACAAGAAUAUGCGAGUGUCAAAAGCAGUACAUUUGAUGUGACACAGUUGCGGUACUUGAACGGUGUGCUGGUUAUCGGCACUUGUGACUCGGCCCUGGAGUUUUGGGUUCCGAACGAGAGAUAUUCAGAUCUGUCAUCGUGAUAAACAACUCAUAACUUUGUAACUACAUAAUAGUAUAUUAAUAUAUU